GUCUUAAGGGGUUGCUGCGCGCCAUCUCCUGGGCUCUGUGGCUGCGUUCGUUAGUAACCGGCCUUCGUGGAGGCGCGGGUUCGGUUGAGCCCUCGGAUAUCUAUGGCUCUCCUUACGCAGCGGCUGCUCUUUCAACGCGGGCGACCCAAGACCAACAGUCUGGGGAAGAUCCGGAGUCUGGAUCUCUCGGGACUGAAGCUGCGGUCAGAGCACUUGGACCCCAGUCUCCUGGGGCGUCUGAAGCAGUUGAAGGAGCUUGACCUCUCUGACAACCUGCUGGAGACAUUGCCUGCCCACCUGGGCCUGUCUCAACUGCUCAUCCUUCGCUGCGCCAACAACCAGCUGGGAGAUGUGACUGCCUUGAGCCAGUUUCCGAACCUCGAGGAACUCAACCUGGAAGGCAACCCCUUCCUGACGGUCAAUGACAACCUGAAAGUCUCCUUUCUCCUGCCCAAGCUGCGUAAGGUCAAUGGCAAGGACACAGCCUCCACCUGCUCACAGGUGGAGAACCUCGAUCGGGAGCUGACCAACCGGGUCACAGCUCACUGGGAGAAGUUCAUGGCCACUGUGAGCCCUGAAGAGGAAGCUGCUGACAAACUCCAGGCUGACUUCGUGAGGUCUGCAGUCAGGGAUGUGCACUAUGGUCCCGAGUCUCUCAGCGAGUUCACGCAAUGGCGGGUGCAGAUGAUUGCUGAGAAACUAGUGACCUCAGGUGGGACCCAGGUACAGGAAGCCAACAUAGCAAAGGAUAUACCAAAGGAGCCUCCACAGGCUGCAGCUGCCUCCAAGCUCAGGGCCAGAACAGUGGCCUCAAAACGGCCAGAUAAAGUCCCGCUUGACCUCCCUUCCACCAAGCGAGUGUGUUUCUCCUCAGCAACCCAGAUGGAGGGUACACCUGUGGAGUCUGAUGGAAGCCAGGCUGCCCUACGCCUGGAACCCCUGCACUUCCUGCAGUGCCAUAGCAAAAACAACAGCCCGAAGGAUCUGGAGACUCAGCUGUGGGCCUGUGCCUUUGAGCCUGCCCGGGAGGAGGGGCACUCGGGGGCCACGUCCCAGACUGUGGCCACAUGUGGCGGAGAAGCUGUCUGCGUGAUAGACUGCCAGACAGGCAUCGUGCUCCAUAAAUACAAGGUGCCAGGCGAGGAGUUCUUCUCAGUGGCCUGGACAGCCCUGACGGUGGUCACACAGGCAGGCCACAAGAAGCGCUGGAACAUGCUGGCUGCUGCGGGCCUGCGAGGCAUGGUCCGGCUGCUCCACGUGCGUGCAGGCUUUUGCUGCAGCGUUAUCCGGGCCCAUAAGAAGGCCAUUGCCACCCUCUGCUUCAGCCCCACCCACGAGAGCCACCUCUUCACUGCCUCUUACGACAAACGGAUCAUCCUCUGGGACAUUGGGGUGCCCGACCACGAAUAUAAGUUCCAGGCUAGCCAGCUCCUGGUGCUCAGCUGCAGCUCUACCCCCUUGCGCCUCUGCCCUGUCGCCUCCUGCCCGGAUGACUUGCUGCUGGCUGGCUGCGAGGGAGGUUGCUGCUGCUGGGAUGUUCGGCUCGAUCAGCCCCAGAAGCAGAGGGUGUGUGAAGUGGAAUUCAUCUUCUCUGAGGACUCUGAGGGACAGAGAGUGGACGGGCUGGCUUUUGUGAAUGAAGAUGUUGUGGCCUCCAAAGGGAGCGGACAGGGCACCAUCUACCUAUGGAGCUGGAGGCAGACAUGGACAGGCCGGGGCAGCCAGUCUGUGUUGCCUGUGGUUCUCCUGGCCCGGCUGCAGUGGUCAUCCACCAAUUUGGCUUACUUUUCACUCAGCACCUGUCCUGACAAAAACCUCGUGCUGUGUGGGGAUGAGGAAGGCAGUGUGUGGAUCUAUGAUGUUGAAAACCUGCUAAAGCAGCGGCCUCCACCAGCAACAACUCUGCAGGCUCCGACCCAGAUCCUCAAGUGGCCUCAGCCAAUGGCACUGGGCCAACCAGUGAGCAAGACCAUGAUAAACACAGUAGUGGCCAAUGCAGCCUUUACCUACCUCACUGCUCUGACGGACUCCAACAUCGUGUCCAUCUGGAGGAGUUACUAGCUUGCCCAGAGCAGUGGACCAGGGACAUGGCUUAUUAGCUUGGGGCUAGUGGUAGAGGAAUUUGUACCAAUGAGUAUUUUUAUUAAAUUCUCUAUUGUGGACUAGA